UACUGGAGGAAACAUCCAGAAAUGAUUGGAACAUCAAAAUUAUGGAUUACUGGUGUAGCAUAUAUUAAUCAUGACCUGAAAUAUUGCUGUUAAUUGUAGAAUCCAUUAUAGACAGCUGUAUUCUAUGUUAAUUAUGCUUUUCAAGGCUUCUGAGUUAGUGCCUUUUGUUUUUCAGGUCCAACCAUUUUAUUCUUCCAAGAAAAUGCGGGAAAUAUUGCCCAUCGUCUCGAAAUGGUCCGCAUAAUGAUACAGAGGUUGAAUUGCAACGUUUUUAUGCUUUCAUACCGAGGUUAUGGAGCUAGUGAUGGAUAUCCUUCCCAGCAUGGAAUCACAAGGGAUGCUCAGGCUGCAUUGGAUCAUCUUUCUCAGAGGACUGACAUUGACACAUCUAGAAUUAUUGUUUUUGGAAGGUCACUUGGGGGUGCAGUUGGAGCUGUGCUUACCAAAAACAAUCCUGACAAGGUUGCUGCAAUAAUACUGGAGAACACUUUCACGUCUAUUCUUGACAUGGCUGGAGUUUUAUUGCCCUUCCUGAAGUGGUUCAUUGGAAAAAAUUCAAAAGGUCCUAAAAUUCUUAAUUUUCUCGUACGAUCUCCAUGGAGUACAAUUGAUGUCGUUGGCCAGAUUAAGCAGCCAAUCCUUUUUCUUUCUGGAUUGCAAGAUGAGAUGGUUCCCCCAGUCCACAUGCAGAUGCUGUAUGCUAAAGCAGCUGCUCAUAACAGGCGAUGCCUCUUUGUGGAUUUUCCUAGUGGAAUGCAUAUGGAUACUUGGCUAGCUGGUGGUGAUCAUUACUGGAGAACAAUUCAGCAAUUCCUUGAACAAUAUGUUCCAGAGAAAAAGGAAAAUGGAUCAUCUGGCAAUAACAAUGAUUCUAAGGCGAGCUGAUUCGUUGACAUGCUGACUUUUGAGAUGUUAUCGAUUGGUUCACCCAAGGAUUCAAAAUAUUUCUACAUUUUUUUUUGAAGUUGCAGCAAUUGAUAGCUUUCUGUGAGGACUAGCUGCUACCAAGACCUGCUGCAACCACCCAGGUGUUCCUCGAGGAGAUUUUUUUGUAGGUUUUAAGAACUUAAGAAGAGGUAGAAGAAAUGUGAAUGCCCUUUGGUAUACUGUGCGACUUUGACAUAAACAUUAAAUACCUAAUUAGUACUGACUGAUUCUCAUUGUAUGAGAAAUAAGAAGUUGCUGUCAGUGCAAAUAUAUAUCCUGAGUUGAUGUGCUAGACUGUUGUAUUCUAGACUGUUAUAUCUCUUGUUCUAUGAUAUACUCAUAUUGCUCUGGCAAUUGUCAGUUUGA